CAAAAUAUUAAUAACGAAGAAAUGGGGACCGGCAGUUUGCUCUGUUCGUGGUCUUUAACGAUAACGCCCCCAUAAAGCAACCGCCGCAUUUUCUUUCCCUCCUCACCCUAUUCCACUAUUUUCCUUCUCCUUUAAGGGAAAAAGAAAGAGGAAAAUGGCUCUACAAGAGGAAGAACAGCAACAGCGGUUACUCGAUGAACGAUCGGUUGAUUUGUACGAGGAAGAUGAAGAAGAGGGGGCAUACGAUUACGCCGAAAAAGUCCACGUAAUUGGAGUCAAUGAAGGGAACGAAGCAGAUGAAUAUUACGCCAAAGCGCCGCCGUUUUCGUGGCGGAAGCUUUGGCUGUUCACCGGGCCGGGGUUCUUGAUGAGUAUAGCUUUCCUGGAUCCGGGCAACCUGGAGGGGGAUCUCCAGUCGGGCGCAAUUGCAGGCUACUCUUUGCUUUGGCUGCUACUAUGGGCCACAGUCAUUGGCCUCUUGGUCCAGCUGCUGUCGGCCCGGCUUGGCGUGGCCACUGGACGGCACCUUGCCGAGUUGUGCAGAGAAGAGUAUCCAAAUUGGGCCAGACUACUGCUUUGGGUCAUGGCGGAGCUGGCCCUGAUUGGGGCUGAUAUUCAGGAGGUGAUUGGUAGUGCAAUAGCUAUCAAGAUUUUGAGCCAUGGGUUAUUGCCUCUGUGGGCUGGUGUCAUCAUCACUGCUCUUGACUGCUUCAUCUUUCUGUUUCUGGAGAAUUAUGGUGUUCGGAAAUUAGAAGCCCUUUUUGCUGUCCUUAUAGCUAUUAUGGCGCUCUCAUUUGCGUGGUUGUUUGGUGAAACGAAACCCAGUGGGGUCGAACUUUUAAUUGGCGUCGUGGUCCCAAAACUCAGCUCCAAGACAAUAAAGCAAGCAGUAGGAGUUGUUGGAUGCAUUAUAAUGCCUCACAACGUAUUUCUACACUCUGCUCUUGUACAAUCUCGAGAAAUUGACAACCGCAAGAUAGGCAGAGUUCGAGAAGCUCUCACAUAUUACUCGAUAGAGUCUGGCGCUGCUCUGACAAUCUCUUUCAUUAUAAAUCUGUUUGUGACAACAGUAAUUGCGAAGGCAUUUUAUGGUUCAGAACAAGCCAAUAACAUUGGCCUUGGAAAUGCAGGGCAGUAUCUUCAAGAAAAGUAUGGUGGGGGAUUGUUCCCAAUCUUAUACAUCUGGGCUAUUGGAUUACUUGCUGCCGGACAGAGUAGCACUAUAACUGGCACCUAUGCAGGGCAAUUUAUAAUGGGGGGAUUUCUAAACCUGCGUUUGAAAAAGUGGAUGAGAGCACUGAUAACAAGAAGCUGUGCUAUCAUCCCGACUCUAAUAGUUGCCCUUGUUUUUGAUACAUCUGAACACUCAUUAGAUGUUCUAAACGAAUGGCUUAAUAUACUUCAGUCAAUUCAGAUCCCGUUUGCUCUUAUUCCACUCCUUUACUUGGUGGCCAAGGAGGAAGUCAUGGGCAUUUUCAAAAUUGGCACCGUUCUCAAGAUAAUAUCAUGGCUUGUGGCUGCUUUGGUGAUGGUUAUCAACGGGUACCUUUUGGUGGACUUUUUCUCUUCUGAAGGGAGUGGAGGUAUUUUUACGUCUGUGGUAUGCAUAUUCACGGCUGCAUACGUCUGUUUCAUUGUGUACCUCGUAGCAAGGGGCAUUACCUUUUCCAAUAGGUUGACAACUACAGGAAACUGACCGAUUGCACUUUUAACAUUCCAGUCAAAUGAGCAUUCCUUUGGGUGUUUGAUAUGGGUAUUCAUUUCUGUACCGCACAUUCAAGUCCCUAUGCAGAGGAUGGGAAGAAUGUCAAAGUUUUAUUUCCUGAUAAUGGUAUUUAUUCUUCCUGUAGAAUCUUUAAAGCCAUAUAUGUAUCAUAAACUUCUUCGUGUUCAGGGGCCAAUACUAUUAACCAACAGUAGUGAUCCUUGGCCAGAAAUGUAAUGGUAGAAACCCAAAUUUAAUCAAAAUGCUUUUGGCUUAUUUUGUC